AUGAGCAGUUUUCGUCGUCGAGCUGCCAUUCCAUAUCCAGAUGCGUUCAAUUCAAUUGAUGGUGGACCGAUUAUUGGCCAUGAGAAAGACGAUGUCCCGCUUUCAUCACCGCUUUUUCGAAAUGUUUAUCGACCAAGUAGUUUACAACAGGUGGUUGAUGAGACGCAUUUCUCGAAAAAUGAAGUUCGAUCAAUAUAUCGGGCUUUCAAGGAAACCUCGCCAAACGCCGUAAUCAAUCGAGAGAUUCUUCGCGAGAAAUUCGCUGAGCUUUUCCCACAAGGAGAUAUUGAACAUUAUGCUGAUCUUCUUUUUGAUACAUUUGAUGAUGAUGGAAGUGGAAUCAUUAAUUUUCAAGAAUUUGUUAGAGCUCUUUCUGUUCUUUGUCGAGGAACGAUCGACGAGAAGUUGAAUUGGCUGUAUAAAGUUUAUGAUCCAAAAGACAAAGGAGAGAUCACAUGGCAUCGAUUAUUUUAUGUAAUUACGGCUACGGAUGAUUUGAUAGGUCGAAAAGCCCGUCCAACAACAACGAGAGAACAACGCGCUGAGCGAGCGAAUCAGAUUUUUGAGAAAUUUGACCUCGGUAAAAAGGGUCGAAUCACGAAAGCGGAUUUCUUCCUCGUUUGUAAAAAAGAUCCCCAAAUUCACGAAUCGAUCUCAGCUUUGUACACAAUUUUACCCGGG